GUCAUGGAGCGCGAGGCGCCGCGGAGCUUCAGGCGCUGGCGCCGAGGAGGCGGCGGCGGCGGCGAGCGGGAUCCUCGCGGGCCCCUUCUAGCCGGGAUUUCUCUGUUUGGGUUGAAGCGCUUUGAGAGCAGAAGCCCUGAUGGCCCCGUGCUGAGCAAGGCCGAGUUUGUUGAGAAAGUGCGCCAGAGCAACCAGGCCUGCCACGAGGGCAACUUCCACAAGGCCAUUGUGCUCUACAGUGAAGCUCUGGCCGUCGACCCUCAGAACUGCAUCCUGUACAGCAACCGCUCGGCAGCGUACAUGAAGACGCAGCAGUAUGACCAAGCCCUCGAUGACGCCAUCCAGGCACGCCUCCUGAACCCCAAGUGGCCAAAGGCCUACUUCCGACAGGGUGUUGCCCUCCAGUACCUUGGGCGCCAUGCCGAUGCCCUGGCAGCCUUUGCCUCUGGCUUGGCUCAAGACCCCAAGAGUCUGCAGCUGCUGGUGGGGAUGGUGGAAGCCGCCAUGAAGUCUCCCAUGCGAGAGUCCCUGGAGCCAACGUACCAGCAGCUGCAGAAGAUGAAGCUGGACAAGAGCCCUUUUGUGGUGGUCUCUGUGGUUGGUCAGGAGCUGCUGACGGCUGGCCACCACGGGGCCUCGGUGGUGGUCCUGGAAGCGGCCUUGAAGAUUGGGACGUGCAGCCUGAAACUGAGGGGCUCUGUCUUCUCAGCCCUGAGCAGCGCCUACUGGUCCCUGGGCAACACCGAGAAGAGUGCGGGCUACAUGCAGCAGGACUUGGACGUGGCCAAGACUUUAGGUGACCAGAUGGGUGAAUGCCGAGCUCACGGCAAUUUGGGCUCUGCAUUCUUCUCCAAAGGAAAUUACCGGGAGGCCUUGACAAACCACAGACAUCAGCUGAUGCUUGCCAUGAAACUCAAGGACAGAGAGGCUGCCUCCUCAGCCCUCAGCAGCCUAGGCCACGUCUACACGGCCAUUGGGGACUACCCCAACGCCUUGGCCAGCCAUAAGCAGUGCGUGCUCCUGGCCAAGCAAGGGAAGGACGAUCUCUCCGAGGCCCGGGAGCUGGGCAACAUGGGGGCCGUCUACAUUGCCAUGGGCGACUUUGAGAACGCCGUGCAGUGCCACGAGCAGCACCUGGCCAUCGCCAAGGCCCUGGGCUGCCGGCGGGAGGAAGCCCGUGCCUACAGCAACUUGGGCAGCGCUUACCACUACCGCCGAAACUUUGACAAGGCCAUGUCUUACCACAACCACGUUUUGGAGCUGGCCCAGGAGCUGGAGGAGAAGUCCAUUGAGAUGCGUGCCUACGCCGGCCUGGGCCACGCUGCCCGCUGCAUGCAGGACCUGGAGCGGGCCAAGCAGUACCACGGGGAGCAGCUUGGCAUCGCCGAGAGCCUGCAGGAUCGAGCCGCCCAGGGGCGCGCCUCCUCCAACCUGGGGAUCAUCCAUCAGAUGAAGGGCGACUAUGAGGCGGCCUUGAAGCUGCACAAGGUCCACCUUUCCAUUGCACAGGAGCUGAAUGACUACGCGGCGCAGGGCCGGGCCUAUGGGAAUAUGGGCAAUGCCUACAACGCCUUGGGCCUCUUUGACCAGGCGGUCAAGUACCACCGGCAGGAGCUGCAGAUCUCCAUGGAGGUGAAUGACCGAGCCUCCCAGGCCUCCACCCACGGCAACCUGGCGGUGGCCUACCAAGCCCUGGGUGCCCACGACCGGGCCCUGCAGCACUACCAGAACCACCUCAACAUUGCCCGGGAGCUGCGGGACAUCCAGAGUGAAGCUCGGGCCCUGGGCAACCUGGGGAACUUCCACUGCUCCCGGGGGGAGUUUGCCCAAGCAGCCCCCUACUAUGAGCAGUACCUGCAGCUGUCCCCGGAGCUGCAGGACAUGGAGGGUGAGGGCAAGGUGUGCCACAACCUGGGCUAUGCUCACUACUGCCUGGGCAACUAUGAGGAGGCCGUCAAGUACUACGAGCAAGACCUGGCACUUGCCAAGGACCUGCAUGACAAGCUGAGCCAGGCCAAAGCCUACUGCAACCUGGGCCUGGCCUUCAAGGCACUGGCAUGCUUUGGCAAGGCUGAGGAGUGCCAGAAGUACCUCCUGUCCUUGGCCCAGUCGCUCAGCAACGCCCAGGCCAAGUUCCGGGCGCUGGGCAACCUGGGCGACCUCUCCGUCUGCAAGAAGGACGUGGGUGGUGCUGUCAAGUUCUACGAGCAGCAGCUGAGUCUGGCGCACCAGGCCACAGACCGGAGGCUGGAGGCCAGCGCCUAUGCAGCCCUGGGCUCGGCCUACCGCCUGCUGCAGAAGCACGACAAGGCCCUGGGCUACCACACGCAGGAGCUGGAGGUGUACCAGGAGCUGGGCGAGGCCCUGGGCGAGUGCCGCGCACACGGGCACCUGGCUGCUGUCUACAUGGCCCUGGGCAAGUUCACCAUGGCCUUCAAGUGCUACGAGGAGCAGCUGGAGCUGGGGCAGAAGCUGAAGGACCCCGGCAUUGAGGCCCAGGUCUAUGGCAACAUGGGCAUCACCAAGAUGAACAUGGGCGCCAUGGAGGAGGCCAUCGGCUACUUCGAGCAGCAGCUGGCCACCCUGCAGCAGCUGAGUGGCACGGAGGCCAUGCUGGACCGGGGAAGGGCCUUUGGGAGCCUGGGCGACUGCUACGAGGCCCUGGGCGACUUUGAGGAGGCCGUCAAGUACUACGAGCAGUACCUGUCCGUGGCACAGAGCCUGAACCGUGUGCAGGACCAGGUCAAGGCCUACCGGGGCCUGGGGAAUGGGCACAGGGCAAUGGGGAGCUUGCAGCAGGCCCUGGUGUGCUUUGAGAAGAGGCUGGUGGUAGCUCACGAGCUUGGGGAGGCGUUUGACAAGGCCCAGGCCUACGGGGAGCUGGGCGCCCUGCACAGCCAGCUGGGCAACUCGGAGCAGGCCAUCUCCUGCCUGGAGCGCCAGCUGGGCAUCGCACGGGAGAUGAAGGAUCAGGCCCUGGAGGGCAGCGCCGCCUGCGGCUUGGGCAGCAUCUACCAACAGAUGGCCGAAUAUGACACGGCCCUGCAGUACCACCAGCUGGACCUCCAGAUCGCCGAGGAGACCCACAACGCGGCCUGCCAGGGCCGGGCCUAUGGCAACCUGGGCCUAACCUACGAGUCCCUUGGUACCUACGAGAGAGCAGUGGUCUACCAGGAGCAGCAUCUGAGCAUCGCGGCCCAGAUGAAUGACCUGGUGGCUAAAACUGCCUCCUACAGCAGCCUGGGCAGGACCCACCACGCCCUCCAGAACUACUCCCAAGCCGUGAUGUACCUGCAGGAAGGGCUGAGGCUGGCGGAGCAGCUGGGCCGCAGGGAGGAUGAAGCCAGGAUCCGGCACGGCCUGGGCCUCUCGCUCUGGGCUAGUGGGAAUCUGGAGGAGGCUCAGCACCAGCUCUACCGGGCUUCUGCUCUCUUUGAGACCAUCCGGCACGAGGUGCAGCUCAGCACAGACUACAAGCUCUCCCUCUUCGACCUCCAGACGUCCUCCUACCAGGCCCUACAGCGGGUGCUGGUGAGUCUAGGGCACCACGACGAGGCUCUGGCCGUGGCGGAGAGAGGCCGCACAAGAGCCUUUGCUGACCUGCUGGUGGAGCGCCAGACAGGCCAGCAGGAGUCGGACCCCUAUUCCCCCGUGACGGUCGAUCAGGUCCUGGAAGUGGUGAACGGGCAGCGGGGGCUGGUUCUGUACUAUUCCUUGGCUGCAGGGCACCUUUACAGCUGGCUCCUGGCUCCUGGGGCAGGGAUCUUGAAGUUUCACGAAUGCUACCUGGGCGAGGGCCCAGCCGAGGGUUCCGGAGACUUCCAGGAGAACACCGCCAGCCUCCAGGCAGUCACCAGCUCUGCUCUGGAGCACCUCAGCUCCAGUGUGCGGGAAGCGCUGGGCGUGGACUCUUACUACUUGCGAGCCUCAGCCAGCAGCGAAACUGAGAGUGAGGCAGGAGACAUCAUGGACCAGCAGUUUGAGGAGAUGAGCCACAAACUGGACUCCACCUCAGAUCCCACUGGCUUCCUGAGGAUGGUUAGCAGGAACAACCUCUUCAACAGGAGCUGCCAGAGCAUGAACAGCCUCUUCAGCGGAGGAGGCCCAGCGUCCCCAGCCAAGGAAGCCUCCUCCUCUUCCUCCUCUUCCUCCUUGCCCCGCCGGCUCAGCUCCUUCAGCAAGUCCCCCCUGCGCUCCCUCUAUGACCUGCUGAUUGGGCCCAUGGAAGGGGGCCUGAUGCACUCCAGUGGGCCGGUCGGCCGCCACCGGCAGCUGGUCCUGGUGCUGGAAGGGGAGCUCUACCUCAUCCCUUUUGCUCUCCUCAAGGGCAGCUCCUCCAACGAGUACCUGUACGAGCGCUUCAGCCUCAUUGCAGUGCCCUCCCUCCGCGCCCUGAACCCCAGCGCCAAGAGCCAGGCCAAGAAGAGCCCCUCGGCGUACGGCAGCUCCCCUGCCAUGGCCGCUGUCAUCGGCAACCCCAAACUGCCCCCCUCGGUGAUGGACCGCUGGCUGUGGGGGCCCAUGCCCUCUGCCGAGGAGGAGGCCUAUGCAGUCGCGGAGCUGCUGGGCUGCCAGCCCCUGGUGGGCAGCAUGGCCACCAAGGAGCGGGUGAUGAGCGCCCUGGCCCAGGCAGAGUGCGCCCACUUCGCCACCCACAUCUCGUGGAAGCUGGCCGCCCUGGUCCUGACACCCAACGCCGAGAGCCUGGCGGCCGGCAGCAAAGGUGCCUUCGGCAACUCCUACACCAUCCCGGAGUCUCUGCGCAUGCAGGACGACACCAGCGACGCAGAGAGCAUCUCAGACUGCCCGCCCCUCCAGGAGUUUCUGCUCACGGCAGCCGACGUGCUGGACCUGCGCUUGCCUCUCAAGCUCGUGGUGCUGGGCUCCUACCAGGAGUCCAACGGCAAGGUCACGGCUGACGGUGUGAUUGGGCUGACGAGGGCCUUCCUGGCGGCUGGCGCCCACUGCGUCCUGGUCUCCCUCUGGCCGGUGCCCACGGCCGCCUCCAAGCUGUUUAUCCACAGCUUCUACACGGCGCUGCUUGGCGGCCUCAAGGCCAGCGCGGCACUGGGGGAGGCCAUGAAGAUGGUGCAGAGCAGCAAGCAGUUUGCCCACCCCUCCAACUGGGCAGGCUUCAUGCUGAUUGGGAGCGACGUGAAACUGAACAGUCCUUCCUCUCUGGUUGGCCAAGCCCUGACCGACAUCCUGCAGCACCCAGAGCGGGCGCGCGAUGCCCUGCGGGUCCUACUCCACCUGGUUGAGAAGUCCCUGCAACGGAUCCACAGCGGGCAGCACAACUCCAUGUACACCUCCCAGCAGAGUGUGGAGAACAAAGUGGGCGGGAUCCCAGGCUGGCAGGCUCUGCUGACCGCGGUGGGCUUCCGGCUGGAUCCCCCGGCCAGCGGGCUCCCCGCAGCUGUCUUCUUUCCCACCGCAGACCCCGGAGACCGUCUCCAGCAGUGCAGCACCACACUCCAAUCCCUGCUGGGUUUGCCCAAUGCUGCUCUCCAAGCCCUCUGCAAGCUCAUCACCGCCUCUGAGACGGGAGAGCAGCUCAUCAGCCGGGCUGUUAAAAAUAUGGUAGGAAUGCUCCAUCAAGUCCUGGUGCAGCUCCAGGUGGGAGAGAAGGAGCAAGAUUUCUCCUUGGCCCCCAUCCAGGUCUCCAUCAGCGUCCAGCUUUGGCGACUGCCAGGCUGCCACGAGUUCCUGGCAGCUCUAGGCUUCGACCUGUGUGAAGUUGGCCAGGAGGAGGUGAUCCUGAAGACAGGCAAGCAGGCCAGCCGCCGGACGAUGCACUUUGCUCUGCAGACGCUUCUCUCGCUUUUUGACUCCACGGAGCUCCCCAAACGACUCAGCCUGGACAGCUCCUCCUCCCUCGAGUCACUGGCUUCUGCUCAGUCCAUCUCCAAUCCUGGGCCGCUGGGCUACCAGAACCCACCCUUCUCCCCAACAUGCCCUGACAGCCUGGGCUCCGACGCCAUCUCAGUCUACAGCCUCAACUCCAUCACGUCUUCCAUCAGCUUUGCUUCCAAGCCUGAGUGUGGCAUGGCGGAAGGGGGUGGCUCCAGGGGGCGCCUGGACCCUGAGAGGCCCAAGAACACCUAUCCCCAAAGGGCUGCCCUGCCCCACGGACAGCUGUCACCUCCAGGCAGUGCUGUCCCCAGCAAGGAGGAGGAAGACGAGGAGGAGUAUGAAGGCUUCUCCAUCAUCAGCAACGAGCCUCUGGCGACCUACCAGGACAGCAGGCAGGGGCGCUUUUCCCCUGACCACAAUCCCUCCCGGACUCGUAAAGGCAGAGGUGUGGUGGUCUCGGUCAGUUCCAAGGGGAGUGUCAGCUCUCCCAACUCCCCUGUGAAGAUGGCUCUUAUUCCCAGCCCGAACUCCCCUUUCCAAAAAGUUGGGAAACUGGCCAGUUCGGACACUGGUGAGUCGGACCAGUCCAGCACUGAGACAGACAGCACUGUCAAGUCCCAGGAGGAGAACGCGGCACCGCUGGACCCUGGCGAGCUGGCCCAGAAGAUCCUGGAGGAGACGCAGAGCCACCUCCUGGCCGUGGAGCAGCUGCAGCGCAGCAGCCUGGACCCCCUCCCCAGAGCCCCCCUGCUGCCCACUGGGCGCGCCUCCUCCUUCCGCUCCUCAGAGACCAGCGCCUUCAGCAGGCCUCAGUGCUCCGGCCACAAGGGCCAGGCCUCCCCUGCCCCCCUCCGGCCAAAGCCCCCCGCCAGGAGCUCCUCCCUGCAGAAAGUCAGCUCUGGCUACAGCAGCCCCACAACCUCCGAGGCAUCCAACCGAGAGGAAGGGGCUGGCCCCCACAGCAGCCAGCCAUCCCCCAGCUCUGAGCCUCGGGGGGUGUUCCUGCCUGGGGAGCAGCAGCCUCUGCCGUCCUCACCCUUCCGGCUCAAAUACCCCAGCUCCCCCUACAGCACCCACAUUUCCAAAUCGCCCAGGAACGCCUCCCCGAGCUCAGGGCACCACUCCCCGGCAGGCAGCACCCCCUCACCGGCUCUCUCCUACUCUUCCGCCAGCUCUGCCCGCUCCAGCCCUGCCGACGCCCCCUCCCUCGACAAGCUCAAGAUGGCCGCCAUCGAUGAGAAGGUGCAGGCCAUCCACAACCUAAAGAUGUUCUGGCAAAAUGCCCCUCAGCACCCCACGGGCCCCCUCAAGAUCUUCCGCAGCUCCUCAGGGAGGAGGGAUGUCCUCAGCUUGCUGAACUUGUCUCCGCGGCACGGCAAGGAGGAAGGGGCCGACAAACUAGAGCUGAAGGACUUAUCUGCCCCUCGGCCACUUUCUUCCCCUCAGAGGGGCGCCCCCAAUGGACACACCAGCCCCCUGGCCCCCCCGGCACAGGCCCCACGCCCCACCAGCACCCCAGGCCUUGGGCGCCCCGCACGGCUGCCCUCUGGGAAUGGCUACAAGUUCUUGUCGCCAGGACGGUUCUUCCCCUCCUCCAAGUGCUGAGCCCCCUGGCGACCUGCUCUGCUGGCCACGAGCCGUGGGCCCUGUCCUCGCCCAUUUCCUUGGAUGAGGCAGAAACUCGGGCAACGAGCUGGGAGGGGCGGGCAGAGGUGGAUCCAGGUGUUCAGUGAGCUGCCUAGGCAGAGGCCAGAGCUGUGGAUCAGGGCCAGCUGGCAGCUUGCCUCCUCUCAGCGCCCCCCCCCCGGGUGCUGGAUACCAGCAUCCAGAGUCACCAAGGACUGGAGUGGGAGGAGGGUGUUUUAGCAGGCAAGAUUCACACACAACUUUCUGUGGUGAAGAGGUACAAGCCCCUCUUUUGAUGCUUCUGGGGAGGUGGGUUUCUAGAAGUGGGUUGGCACUGCCCUUUUCUGGGAGAUGCAAGUGUGGUCUUGUGGGCAGGAGGAGAAGGGGUCUGUCUCUGGGAUGACCAGACCCCGCCUAGAGACCUUGUCUGGCUGGGACAGGCAGGAGGAUCCCUUGGGUGCUGGAGUCAAACCACAGCAGGCUCUGUCCUUUGCAAACAAUGACGCGACUCAGGUUCCGGGUGGGGCAACUGCUGGCCUGGAGGUCCAGGGCACCCCACCUGGCACCAGGCCUCCUGCCUCCCUUCGCCAGAAAGAAGCAGCCACCUUGCCUCCUCCUGGGGCUUUUCUUUGCUCACCUGAUUUGGGUCAGACACCAGGCUCCGCAUCCCAAGCACAAAGGAGAGGUCCCCCUGCUCUCCCCACCUUCCUCCCCCAACACCCCAAUUACUCUGUCAGGGGCUUUGGGUUUCUGAAGGCAGAGGUGCCGUGGUGCGGGGGUUGCCAGGAGUUGCCCAGCUUGCCGGCACAGGGGGAGCAAGUGUUGGGGUUCCUCUCCUUUCUUUCUUCCUUUUGUUUUCUUUCUUAGCAUUUCCAAGCUAUGCAGCUGCGAGGGGAGGGCCUUCGUCCAGGCCAGGAGACGCAGGCGGAAGCCAUAGAGUGGAAAGACAGGGCAGACCCCAGCAGGCCGCUUGCCCAUCAGUGGGAACCCAACCUUUGAAGGAAGUGGCCCUUGGGAGUCCUGCCCAUUGGCUGCUGGGUGUGGUGGGCCUGCCCCCCAAGGCCCAGCCUCUUCCCUUGCAGGUGCGAGCUCUCAGGAGCACCCAUUGGUCUUCGUCUACCCUAUGCAAAGCCACUCUGCAGGCAGCUGCAGGAGGUUUCCUGCAGAGCUUCUGUGCUUCCUUCCUUCCCUGCUUCUUAGGCAGACGUCUAAGCAAUGGUGCUUUCAUGGGCCGCCGCUCUCCUCCGCCCGCUUCCUGGUGGUGCCAGGCGCUGCAGCCUCCAGCCUUCCCAGAGUGCCGGUUCUGCCCUUGAGGAGGGAAGACGGGCUCCUUGCAGGGCUCCUUUGGCCUCAGUUUCCACGUUUAGCAAAGUCUCACCCCUCUGCCCCCACCCUGGCUGUCACCUCACUCCUCUGCUCCCCGUGAGGAGGAAUCGACCAGGUUUGUCACUUAUAUGGGGAAAUUCAGGAAGCACCAUAUCUCUUCACCCCAGGAAUCUGUCCCCUGUGGAGCCCCUCCUCGUUCGUCGUCCUCCUUGUUGUGUUUGUGCAUGUCUGAGUGACAACACUGCUUCUCACAGUGAGCAAUAAGCGUUUGGUGUGAUGCCACGUACAAGUACCCCCCCCCCACUCACA